AUGCUCGACGUUCUCGAUCUUAUUGUUGAGCGCGGCGGCAAUCCGGCUGCCGUCAAGGAGAGCCAGCGCCGCCGUUACGCGGACCCCGAUGUGGUCGAUAAGGUUAUUGAGCUGUGGCAGGACCACCGUCGAACCCUCUACGAUGCUACGCAACUCAAUGCCAAGAUCAACGAUAUCCAGAAGCAGAUUGGCGCAAAGAAGAAGGCCAAGGAGAACGCCGACGACCUCCUCCAGCAGAAGAUUGCGACCGAGAAGCAGAAGAAGGACAUGCUCGACUCUGCCGCCGUCAAGGAGAAGGCCAUGAACAAGGCCCUUGGCACCAUUGGCAACCUCAUCCACGACUCCGUCCCCGUCGACAACAACGAGGACAACAACCCCAUCAUCACCACCUGGGUACCCGCUGACCGCGAAGUUGCCGUUGGCGAGGAGGACCGCAGCAAGCUGUUGUCGCACCACGAGCUGCUUCUGCGCAUUGACGGCUACAACCCGGAAGCCGGUGUCAAGGUGGUUGGUCACCGCGGCUACUUCCUCAAGAACUGGGGUCAUGGCUACACUGCCCUGCAGUCGCCAUUUAUGAUGUCAAAAGAGAUCAUGGCGCAAACAGCCCAGCUUGACGACUUUGAUGAGCAACUCUACAAGGUUGUCGACGGUGACUCUGAGAAGUACCUGAUUGCUUCGGAGCAACCGAUUUCUGCCUACCACUCCGGCCAGUGGCUCCAGGCAAAUGAGAUGCCGAUCAAGUACGCUGGCUUCAGCACAUGCUUCCGUCGCGAGGCUGGCUCACAUGGCAAGGAUGCGUGGGGCACGUUCCGCGUUCACCAGUUCGAGAAGGUCGAGCAGUUUGUUCUGUGCGACCCCGAAAAGAGCUGGGAGCAGUUCGAUGCUAUGAUUGCCAACUCAGAGGAGUUUUGCCAGUCUCUGGGCCUCCCCUACCGCGUUGUCGCCAUUGUCAGCGGUGCCUUCAACCAGGCUGCCAGCAAGAAAUACGAUCUUGAGGCUUGGUUCCCCUUCCAGGCGGAGUACAAGGAGCUUGUCUCCUGCUCUAACUGCACUGACUACCAGUCUCGCGCCCUGGACAUCCGCUACGGCCCGAAGACCCAGACUGAUGUCAAGAAGAAAUACGUCCACUGCCUGAACUCUACCCUGACCGCUACCAGCCGCACCAUGUGCGCUAUUCUCGAGAACUUCCAGACGCCAGAAGGUGUGCGCGUUCCGGAGCCCUUGCGCAAGUACCUACCUGGUGCUCCCGACUUCAUUCCCUUCACCAAGGAGCUCCCCAAGGACUCUACCUCGCAGAAGAAAGCCAAGGCCGCCGAGAAAGGCGCCAAGCCCAAGGUCGCCGCGGCUGCCGGUGCUGUUGCAGCCGAAGUCGGCAAGGCGGCUGAUGCGCUGAAGAACGUCAAGGUCUAG